AUUGGCUGAGCUGGCAACGGUAGUGAAGCGGCUGUGGGACAUAAACAACAGACUGUGCCUUGUACUGUAACCUCAGUAAUGAGCUAACCUAGUAAACUUACCCAAAUGAGAAACUGCGCGGCGUCCGGAUAACCACCACGAAUCUUUGUUGCAACAUACCCGGAACAAGGUCAACCAUGAGUCUCUGCUCACUUCUUCUGCUCUGCCUGGCAGCAACAUUGUCUUCUGGCUUUGUGAUUUCAUCCCAAUACAUGUGGACCAAACUGAUCCUGACCCACCACUGGCCCAGCACCUUCUGUACUAUGGAGCAUUGUCACCCCAACAUUAGCUACUGGACACUGCAUGGGCUCUGGCCAGAUAAAGGAAUUAUGUGCAACUCAUCAUGGCAUUUCAACUCUUCUCAAAUAGAGGACCUGCUUCCUGACAUGGAGAAAAGUUGGCCUGAUUUGCUUCACCCCUCGUCUACUGGCUUCUGGAAGUACGAGUGGCACAAACAUGGUACAUGUGCAGCCAAAGCAGAGUCUCUGAACAGUCAACAUAAAUACUUCAGCAAGGCUCUGGAACUAUACCACAAACUGGAUUUGGACAGCAUCCUGAAGAAGUUUAACAUCGUCCCUUCAGAAAAUUAUUAUGCAUUUUCACAAAUUGAAGGGGUUAUAGAGAACUUCUACAGUGUUAAACCUAAGAUCCAGUGUAUCCAUCCAUCCAAGAAUGCUGAUGCCCAGAUUUUGGGGCAGAUUGAGAUCUGUUUCGACCCUGACUUCACCCUCCUGGACUGUGAAAAACAGGGAGACUGGGACCAACCCAUGGCUGUUGACAAGACGUCAGGGUUCAGUGUGUGUGACCACAAUAUGCCAGUUUACUAUCCACCUCUUCCAUAAAACAUACACAUGUGCAAACAAAUGCUACAGGUCACUACAACCUUACUUUUACACACAUUUAUACAAAGAAUACAUAGAAAUUAAUGCAUUCUUUGUUUGCCAGUCAAGUGUACUGUAAGUUAGGAUGCACACGCACACACACUAUGAUUUUAUCUUUCUCAGGCUUCACAGGGAACAUCAUAGCUUUAAUGAUAAUGUAUGUCAAAAAUAGCCUUACACAAUCAGUGUAGAUUUCAUCAAAAUGCUGGCUGGAAUAAGUACUUGGGGGAAAAAAAUCACCUUUAAGUGCAUUGUUCUUUUUAUAUCCUGCAAAAACCAGGGCACACAGACACACACUCCACUCCUAAUGGAAUUACAGUAUGUCCCUUCCGAACCCUUACUAGUAGAUGAGUCUGACAGCGUACAGCAUGGUUUUGGGGGACACAACAAGGAGGCAUUGUGGUAAGUUCAGGUCAAGGCAAACGGUUAGUUUGUGUGCUGCAUCUUUGGUGUCGUCGGUACGUGUAUUUGUGUUGUAUCUGCACAUGACUCUUACUUCAUGCUAUGAGUGUGUAGAUGUCACACCAUAGUGUUUAUGUUAUGAUUCAGCUGCCUGUAUUUUAAACCACAUUUAUGUGCUUAUGUGUCACUUACUAAUUGCCAUCUUUUUCCACUGGGGUUGAUUAAAUUUUUAGAUGUUACAUAAAUGCCUUUCCAGCAUUAUGAUAAUUAAAUUCAUCCAGUGCAUCAAAAUCUCCAGUGUUCUCUAUUGUUACAACACUACACAAUUAAUACUGAGUAAAAUACAUAUUUGUAAGGGCUUCUGGGGACAGGACCGUCAUUUCUAAACCCACACUGCUGCUCUGCAACAUCUACAUCUUUCAUAAGUUAUAAACUAGAGGUAGUUAUCAUUAACUACCCUCUGAUGUUUGCCAAGUACAUAGGACAUUAUUUAGGUUUGUGCCAUAGGCUGGUUAGGCCUGUGUCUCUUCUAAUAACACCUGUGAGUCACACAAGUUUAUUAUGCACAAUUUUUAGCACACACACUCUAGACCUGUACAGAUGAUGCUUUUUUUUUUUGUCCCAGAUGUAAGAAAAGUUUUCUUAAAUGCCAUUUAAUCCUCCACUGAUGUGUACGGUGACUUGUUUCUAUUGGUGCUGUUUGGCUUUGGCUGUUUUUGUGCAUUGAUGAAUUCAUUCAGUUUAAGAUGAAAGUUAAAUAUUUUUUUUAGAAUUAUAGCUGCAGUGUGCAAAUCCACUGUGUGAAAUUACCAAGAUGAACAUUUGUACAUUUUUAAUGUCAAUAAAGUCUAGUCAAUCUG